AUGUGUGAUCGUAAGGGGCUCUCCCGGUUGGCACCCCAGGAAAUUGACCAACUCUUGGCUGAUUCUCCCGUCGCAUUUCGUAACUCCGAUGGUGUUGUCACGGUCAGAACGUCCCAGCUUCGGCCACCAAUCACUCUCACGUCGGAGGAUUUUGCUCUGCUUGAUGAGACUGAUACAUGUGAAAACACGCCGUCGGGUCCAGACAAGCCACGCACGUUAGGCGAGAGAAGAAGCAGUCUUUCGACCUUGGCUCACGGUCGGAACACCCAUAUUGGUCAUCCAAUUUUUGAGACUUGUACACCGCAAACUCCCGCGAUACCCCAGCGGCUCCCUGUUAUUUCUCCCCUCCUUGCUAGGAGCUCGCAACUCGUUGCCGGUGUUGUAACCUCCCUCCUCUCUCCUUGGUCGAGUCUAUCUAAUCCCUGCAACGAAAUGCCGGCACACAGCAUCGAAGACUGUGAAUCCGCUCAGGACUUACACUGCGAGGACAGCUUGAUAAGUGCGUUUGAAAAGAUCGCUGUUGCGGAAGAAAAGUCGGGACAAGAUGAAGUGUUCUUCUCGCCCAGCCGAGAGCGCGAUGAGGAAAAUGAAGGUGGUAGCAACUUGACCAUUCCCCCGCCACCGCCUCCGGUAGUCCACUUACGAAGCGCAAUGUUGGAGGAUACGCAGUGUGAGCCGAUCAGUGAGUCCUCGGAAUAUUCAGACGCUAUUAGCACACAGGUCUCUCCAGCGCCCUCGGUUCGUCUUAAAGAGAAUUUUUUAACACGUACCUUACUCACAUCUCCUGAGACAUCUGUUUGUGGAACCUCCAAUACAACUCCUGUGCCCUCUGUGAGGUCUCAGCAAAAUGUGACAACUGGUGUGCCAACUGAAGAGGUCGAUCAGCUAACGUCGGGGUCGAAGGAGGCGGAAACAUCGGCCACCUUUCAUCAGAGCAUCACCGACCAAGUACCUGAAACAUUCCACCUUAACUUACUAUCUUCGGGGUGCGUUUUGCGAUGUGAAGGGGGAAAAGGUGACGAGUUCGAAAAUAAAUUAGUUGUAUCUCAGGAAUUUGUUCAGGACAAAACUACAAAACGGCAGAAAGCCGUUGUUCAGUCUACGCACAACACAACCCCUUGCUAUUACAAUCAAAACCGCCUUGUGGUCACUCAACCGAAUAUCUCGGGCGACGUGGCAGGGGAAUAUGAACCAUCCAUCACCGCCGCCACAUUUAAGCAAGAGAGUUCCGUGGAACCAAACAAUAUACUCACUGACACUACUUCUGUUUCUCAUCUUCGUGCAGCCCUCUUGGCUCCUGGUGCUCAAACUCCUCAUGGCGCACCGAGAUCCCUCCGGACUUUGCAGUCAAAUCAUCCGUUGGCGAUGUGUAGGCUUGAUGAUGAUGAUCAAAAUGCUCGCAGACAAUCGGUUGCUAGAAGCAGGAAGUCUGAAUCGAUUAUCAGUGAGCAGGAACAGAGAUCUGAAGUUGAAAUUAUGCCUCAAGAAAAUGUACUUGCGUUUAAUGGGUCUCCUCCGGCGUUGGAGAAUUCCAAGUCUAAGGAAUCUCACAAACGAAGAAAAACAAUAACGUUGGAUCAGCCGUCUCCUCUUCUAAACAGUAUUCAGUCAACUACGCAUGCGCCCAUGGCUGUGGAAAGCGAAUCAACAAGAAGUAACAUUUACUCCAAUUCUGGUUGCCAAUCUGUGGACUGCAAUUCGUCUGGUGCUUCUCAACAUCCGCCACGUUUUAUCAAAGAAUGUAUUACUACGGGCAUUGAGUUUGAGCAUGACGAUAAGGAGAACGUUUCACCAUCGGCGUCAGCACACUUAACCAUAGAAUGCCGUGCCGCGCAGCGGUCACCGGUGAUCACUGUCACUUCUGAUCCUCAACCAGUACCGCGUCAACCGGGACGCAGAAACAGCGUUGAGACCGAGCUCGUAGUGGACCGGUAUGUGACAGCUGAAGAUGAAAAGGUGUUACUCCGCAAGGAAAUAGACGCGUUAAGAACAAAGGAGGAUAUUCUCAGAAUGGUUCUAGGGAAUUUCCGCGCGUCGUUUGAGGACGCUCUGGAUCAAAAUUGUCAGAUGCGUUUCGCGACGGCCAGUGCGAUGGCACAGGCCGGCGACGAACUCGGUGACGCCAAAAGGCAAGUCACCACCCUCCACGCUGCUGUCCUUGACUCUCAGAAACGAAAUGAUCGGAUGCGCGAAAUAAUUGGCAAGAAACAAGAGGCCCAGGAGGAAUUACUGAAACAUAUUGAAGCCCUCAAAACAAAAUAUGCUCGUCAGUCAGAAAAGGGGGAGACGUACCAAAAGUAUUGCCUGGGGAAGAUUCAAAAAGCUCUCGAACAUCUCGACUCAGUGAAAAGCCUAAUGGAGAAGGAAAUAAGCAAGCUGCGCGUUUGUGCCAAACAAUUGGAAAUGAAACAAAAGUCUCUCGAGGCUGAACUGAAGCAAAAGGCCCAGGAGAAUCAAGAACUUACUCGCAUUUGCGAUAGUUUAUUAACAUGA